UGUAAAAAUUGCAACACUUUCCUUUUUGGGAAGUUUCAAAAAAAUUGCAACACUUUCCAAAUUUAGUAAGCUUUUUUAUUUAAAUUACAACAUUACCCUUAUUUAUGUUUUCACCCAGAUUAUUAAAUACACUAACUACUUCUCAUUAAAUGUUGUAAUCUCCCGUAAUUACUCCCUCCAUUGAAUAAAAAAUUACCACCCUAAAGUUGACCUUAUCUCUUCUAGAUUCCUUACCACUUACCAGUAGUUCUUCCAUCUUUCUCUCUCUUAGUGUUCUUCAUUAUCUUUUUUUUUUCUUGUUAAUGCUCAUACAUCAUCCAUGAAAUUUCUGCCACUAAUGUAUUCUCCAUCAAGUUUCUGAUCGUAUCUAGCCUAAACUUGUUCAUUUUUGUGUGAUUUUGAAGUUAUUCGGGCGAUCUAAUCUGGUUUGGUUGGGUUUAAGUUCGUGUGCUGGGUUUUAAGGAAACCCGUAAUUGUCGCUUUAAACAUUCAAUUCAGGUACUUUGUUUCUUUAGUUUGAGGGAUUAUUUCCAUGGAUGAACACCUUAUUGCCCCAGACACCUAUGAAGACUAUUCAAUGUUGGCCUCACCAAUGGUGGUAGAGAGUGAUGAUGCUUAUUUGUCACCACCACCUUCGGAUACUAUAGUCCCAGAAACUUGCAAUUAUUCUUCACCACCACCGCUAGAUAAGGUGAUCCCAAGUGUAUAUGCUCAGAGUAAUGAAGUUGAGUUCUCCGACUUAUCUGACCUUGUGGUUCCAGAAACACCGGAGCAUGUAUUUACUGAAGUGGAAUGUAUCAAUUCCGAGGAGCGUGUCAGGAGAUUCGGUGAACUGUCAAAAAAAAUUUAUUCUUGUUCAAAAGAAGACUCUGAGUUGGUUGAUCAAUCCCAAGAAAAAAACACCAUCACGAGUCCACAUUUUGAGAGUAAUUUCGAACGGUGUUAUGGCAAUUCCCAGUAUCUGGUGAUGGUUGAUCAUCAGGUGUUUGGGAAGCAGCCAGAUUUCAUCUUGGAAUAUUAUAAGUUGAUGUGGCCAGAACACUUCCCUGAAGAUUAAUCUGAAUAAGUCAUUCUAUCUCUCCUUUUAAAUUUAAUCCUUAUCUUGUCAUUUAUGGUUGAUUAAACAUGACUAUCCGCUAAAUUAUGGGGUUUAGCAAUUCUUGUGUGAUGUGAUACUUUGUGUGUUUUAAUGUGGUUUGUCAAUGGUACAUCUCAAGGAUUUAUGUGAGAGAUGAGUCUUUACAUAGAACUAUAUGAAUACAAACUUGCAUAUGUACUCACCUUACAAAAUGUGACCAGUUUCGAUUCACAUAAAUUACAUGCCAUCUUUACAGUAGUUUAAAUGAUGGUUUCAUUUCAGUACGCAAAAGACUAAUGGCAUGCUUACAAAUGUAGUUAGUUCAUGCACAAAAGUGUUAAUAACAUCAGGCUAAGCUCUCAAAAUAAUUCCUUCUGGUCAAAGUUUUUACUGGUGCCUCCCAUUUUGAUAUGGGUCUUCAACUCUUACUCCCAUCUCAUUCACUCUCUGCCUAAACUCGUUGAUAUUGAUUUGUCCCUCCUGCAUGUAUUGUCGAAUUGAAGUUAGCAGGUCAUCUGGCACUUCAACCGUGUCUGGUAAUAACCCAAGAUUGUCCAUCUUAGCCUUCCCCUUGUGAGGGCUUUUGUAGUUAUUACCCCCUUUCACACCUAAUAUCUCAAGCAUCACAUAUUGAAGUUGCAGCCAUGUGUAGUUUAUUAACUUCGGGUCAUAUGCUUCGUAUGCUUCUUUAACCGCCUUGACUAAUGCUUCAACAUCCCUUGGGAACUUUUGGUGUUGAAGGGAUUGAAUAGCCCUGAAAAACCCUAGGUCAAGGACAUUAAGGUCUGGGGAUUGUGGAGGUUGGCAUAUAAGUUGAAUAUUGAACCCCUCUUGAGUGGCAGCAUCUAAAAACUCUGCAUCAUUUCGAUUGAUGUGUGGCCUAGCGUUGUCUUGUUGAAUCAAGAUAUCUUUGCUAGCAAACCAAGGCCAUUUGCUUCUGAUUGCUGGAAGCAGCUCAUCUAUAAUUUUCCUUCUAAUAACUUCCUUUGUGACAGAUGUUAUUGCUUUUAUUUCAAUUGUUCCCCUUUCCCUAUUUUUACUGGAUCUUUUGGCCGGAACCUCCUCUGUGAAUGGGAAAAUACCCAAUUUCCCAUCAAACAAAACUUCACCAUUAUACCCUAUAAUAGGUCUAGCAAUACCACAAAGAAACAUGACUUUGACUAAAUAAUUGCUGUUUUGAGUUGCUCUGUAUGGUUCUUCUUCUCCUGCCAGUAGGUAGUAUCUUUGGGUUUUUCUGCUCAUAUAGAACCAUUUCUCGUCGAUAUGUAUCACAUUGUAAAGUGAGCUAAAUUUAGGACCACUAUGCACAGUUCUUGGAAUAAUUUUACUCAAUAUCCAUUGUAUCCUUUGAGUCUUGUGUGCUGCUGUAACAGAUGGUUUUAUGCUGUUUGUAUGAGGUCUAAGAAUUCCCUUCUUCAGCAGUCUGUAAAUGGUGCUUGGACUGGUUUGUAAAGCAAUAGCAAAAGACCUUAGCGUGGUCCUGUGUCGUUUUGGGACAUUCUUUAUAACCUCCUCUGUGAACUCUCUUGCUUUCCUCCCAACCCUUCCUUUUUUUUGUCUUCUUACAUCAAUAACAUCUUGUUGCAUUUGAUCCUUGGCCCUUCCCCAAAUUCUGUGAACUGUGCUUUUAUCUACACCAUAUUCAUUAGCUAACUUCUUCGCUACACCCCAUGGUAAUGUCAUGUCUUUAUUGGCUAAUAACAUGAGCUUGGCUACCAUGACUGCUCUUUGAUUGUCACUUAGCUCAAAUGUUUUCUUUCCAUGAUUACGGUUAGUAUUUGAGGUUUCACUUGGUUGCAUGUUUUGAAAGUAAGACGAAAUUAUAUCACUAUGAAUAUGCUCAUCAUAAACAUUAUGCAUAGCUUCAUAAUCAACAUUAUUAUCAUCAUCACUCAAAUACCAUACCUCUGCUUGUGAAGCUUCAUCAUCACGAAACUGAUUCAUUUGUUGCUCCAUUGACAGAAAAUCCAUGGUUGGGAUAUCAACAUCUAACAAGUCAUCAUCAGAAAGCUGUCCAGAUUCCAGCAACUCUUCAAGCAACAACAACUCUUCAAAUGUGGGCGGUUGGUCGUCAUCCUCCAUAGCUGCAAUUUUUUGGUGUUUGGUGAUGUAUUUUGUGUUUUGUUGGAUGAAGAACAGAACACCCCCUCUUUUGUAGUUGUAGUCUGGUGGGAAAUCUUCCCUCCCAUUUGAAAUGUAAAGUUUUAAAAUUCAAAAUUUAAUGACAAAGUUGGAGGGAAAGUUGAAAAUGUAGCCUCCUUUUUGUUGUACAGUGCCGUAGGAUGACAAGAUGUGGGGCCAUAUUAUUUCUA